AUGUUCACUUCGAAAUCCCUCACAGCGUUGGCCAUCGGCCUUGGUGCCAUUGCAUCCCAAGCCAAAGCUGAGAAGUCUACUUUUGACUCGGAUCUUACUUGGGUCUCAACAGAUUCUUCUUUGCCCAAGGUUGUCAUCUACAACGCUCGCGGUACAAUUCUCUCCGCCUCCAAGUACGGCCGGCUCGACAACAUCAACUAUGGAUCCGGUCCCCCAGUUACCGUUGACCACAUGAUCGGAAACGUCACUGAGGUCCUCAAGGUGGCUCAGUUGGCUGUUGUUUCUUUCCCAGUCACAGGAGGAAGUGCCGGUCUCAACAGCUCACUCUACCUCAACAUCACACAGCAUGCCAACCGUCAUCUCUGCACCGAGGGCUCAGACAUCGCAGGUGGCAUCAUGUUCCACGGAACCAACACCCUCGAGGAGACAGCCUUUGGCGUCGACCUGACCCUCAACUGCUCCAAGCCAUUCGUCGCUACCGGUGCCAUGAGACCCGAUACCUACAUCUCCCCCGAUGGCCGCUCCAACUUCUUCCAGGCUGUCGCCACAGCCGUUUCCCCCGAUGCGAGGGACAGGGGUGGUUUGAUCGCCUUCAACGAUCGUAUCACCUCCAUCUACUAUUCCACCAAGUCCAACGCCAACACCCCCGACACCUUCAGGUCGAUCGAGCAGGGCAACGUCGGUGCUUUCCUCGGAGGUCAACCGUACUUCUACUUCAGCGGACCAAGCUAUCCCACCGGCCGCCCACACUUUGACGUGACGAACACCACUGAGCUUCCUGCCGUUGUCGUCCUCUAUGGUCACCGUAAGUUUUUCCUUCUGUCACCAGCUUGUUUCGAAGGUGCUAAUAGUUUGGAUAGAGGGCUUCGACGCCUCGCUUAUGUACGCGGCUGUUGCCAAUGGUGCCAAGUAAGUGCCUUUCUGCCUGUUGAGAAUCGUUGA